GGUCCUUUGGCAUCUUCCAGACCAUGUCCACUGGGUCCCUCAGUGAUGUGGAAGAUCUGCAGGAGGUGGAGAUGCUGGAGUGCGAUGGCCUGAAAAUGGAUACUAACAAAGAGUUUGGGGCAUCCACCGAGAGCAACGAGGAGGGAUCCAAUGGCGAGAAUGGCUCCCCUCAGAAGGGGAGAGGGGCCUCGGGCAAGAGGAAAAAAGGUCCCCCCAAGAAGAGCCCUUUAAACGGAGUGGGCCAGGAGGGAAAGCAGGUCCAGAGAAAUGCUGCCAACGCCAGGGAGAGGGCAAGGAUGAGGGUCCUUAGCAAAGCCUUCUCCAGGCUUAAGACCACCCUGCCCUGGGUGCCCCCAGACACCAAGCUUUCCAAACUGGACACCUUGAGGUUGGCCUCCAGCUACAUCGCUCACCUGAGGCAGAUCCUGGCCAAUGACAAGUACGAAAAUGGCUACAUCCACCCGGUCAACCUGACUUGGCCUUUUAUGGUAGCCGGCAAACCCGAGAGUGACCUGAAAGAAGUGGUGAACACAAACCGCUUGUGCGGCCCGACGGCAUCCUGA